AUGGCGUCCAGAAGUGACUCCGCGGGGUCUCUCCGUCCGCGAUCUCGUCGCUCUCUUGCUCAUAUCCCGAGGGCAAGGCUGACCUCGACCUUGGAUCAAGAAAAUGCGACAACGGAUAUCAGCUCCUCUCAACCGCUUGAUGGACGCCCAAAGCCCGUGGGCAGAGACAAAAAGUCUCGCAGUAAGAGCUUAGGUCCGGGUGGUCUAGAUGCGCUCCAGGAUUCAAACGGCAAUCGCCGCAAGUCUACAGCAGCCUUCCCGUUGAAGUCCAUUCUCAAACCCACGGUCCCCGUGUCGCCAGUGCGAACUAUCCCAACGUUUGAGGAAACGCGCAAAAGGACGCCGGCUCGCGGGUCGCAAUCGACCAGCAGCAAUGAAAGCAACCUUCAAGGCAACGAGGGCCUAUUAAUCGACCUCGACACUCCCGCACCCGCUGCAAACACCUCUGGAGAAGACCGAUCCAAUCCUUUUGACAGCUUUAACGCUGCAUCCAUUCGCGAUGAAAUGGCUGCUGUGCGAGAGAAGGAAGAAAAGGAACAGCGGGAACGGGAACGGAAAAUGAUCCUCGAGAAGAGGGAGGCACGCCGGAAGUCAAUGGCAAAUCGCCGUGUGUCAUUUGCUCCCGAAGCCACGCUGCACACCUGGAACGUGGUAGAGAUACCCGACGAUUCGACUUCUUCAUCUGCUUCGAACUCUACCAGGCGCGCAUCCUCAUUAGCCGGACAAGGAAACCAGACCCCUGCUCACCAGGCUGAACAAGCGGAACCUCCCUCCCUCGAUCCAUACGCAGAGUCAGAUGUCGGCUUUUCGCCUGUGCAGUAUCCGGACCUGCAGCAACUCCAAAGCCAGUCUACCAAUGGAAGUUACGAUGGGAUGGGCUCCUCGCAAGAAAUGUUUUCGAGCCCCUUCAGCGGAAGUUCAGCAGACGGGACCGAAGAUCUUGGAACACAGAGAGACGACGAUGAUGACGAUGACGACAACUCAUCGACUUCCGGAUUCGACGGAGAAAGCACGGCAAUGAGCUUGGAUGACAUGUCUGUCCAUUCUGCUGGCUCAGUUCAUUCGGAUGGCUCUGAUUCCACCACCAGCAGCGCUCGCCUGAACGAAGCCUUGCGACAAGCAGCUAGAGAAGCAGGAACCCGUGAUCUUGAGGACGAUGAAGGAGACAUGUCUAUGGAAAUUGCAGACCAGGAGAUCACAGGUGCUUUCCAACCCUGGAUCAAGAAGGGCCAACGCGAAAGUUUCGAUUGGGGAGAUAUCAGCGCCCGGUACGAUCAGGAAAAUGCUCCGCCUUCAGAAUCGAUGGCCGAUGCUCCCAUCGCAAGAGAUGAUGGAGAUGAUGUCAUGGAUGAAGAUCUCAGCAUGGAGGUCACGAACGCGAUUGGUCGAAUCCUUCCCAACCAUGCGAGCCGCCGCAAGAGUGCUGUCCGUCGCAAGUCUGUUAGCGAGGAGACCAACUACGAAGAACAAACCAUGGAAUUGACUAAUGUUGUGGGAGGCAUCGCGCAGCCUAUCUCGCCUGCGAAAUCUACAGGGGCCGACAGUGCAAACGAAGAUGAAGAGAUGACCAUGGAGUUCACUUCCGUCGUAGGGGGCCUUCUGAACAGGCCAGGGGCGGUCAACGAUGCGGAUGAAAAUGACAUUAAUAACCCAGAAGAACCCUUGACACUGGGCGACAAUGGACGUAUUCUUUCUGAAUGGAAAAAUGGGGAUGACAUGGAUGAUGACGUGGAUAUGGAGAUCACUGGGGCUGUCGGUGGAAUCAUUUCUGGUACCCUGGAAGGCAAUGCAGCGGAAGAUGAUGAUCAAACGACAGGCAUGGAUAUGACUGCUGCUGUGGGUAAGAUCUUACAACCAGAAAGAGAGGCACAGGAACCGAUUGAAGUCAGAGAAACCCCGGAGCCGGAGCCGGAGCCUGCUCAAAUCGGCAGUUCACCUUUUCAAGAGGCCGUGAAGGAGUCCCCUAUCAAACCACCCGCCAAGUCACCCGCCAAGUCGCCAGCCAAGUCGCCAGCCAAUUCUCCGGUCCAGUUGCCAGUCCAGUUGCCCGCCCACUCUUCAGACAAGUCUCCUUCUAAGUCACCGGUCUCAUUUCAUGUUGCAGCUGUGGCAUCAGAAAGUGGUAGUCCUAGCUUGGCAAGUGUACGGACCCGCCGGACAAGGCAGAGUUUGAGCCGUGCAGUAUCAGCUACACCUACUCCGCAUACUCCAAAAGUAUCUCCACCAAAAGCUUUAUCGUCUUCUUCCAAGCCCUCAACUCCGCCAGUUAAUUCACCCUUGAAUUCCAGAACGCCGUCUUCCAAGGAUGUAGAGACACAAAGCGCCUCUCCACAAAAGCCAGUCCAAUCAGACGUACAAGAAUCUGCGGACAAGAAUACAUCUCCAAGGCGUCAAAGCUUAUUUGGGGAGAGUGUGAAUGGAAAGCCGGCUCCUCUGUUUGUAUUGCAACCACAAGGGAAAAGACGAUCCUCUGGCCUCGGCAUUGACAAAGAGGGACUUGGAUCGCCUCGAGUGGCUGCUAUGCUUGACAAGCGUCGUUCGAUUGGCGAAGAAGCACCUGAAUUUGUCCCGCAGGAACAAUCAAAGCAGGGCGUACGCUUUGAAGAUCCUGUGAAACUUCAGGAGGAGGUGGAUCGCGAACGCGAGGAGGAGGUGAACCGAGAAGAUGGCUUUAUCUCGCCUCCGAAACUCAGUGAUAGAGAUCCCACCGCAAGUCUGAAGGACAUGAUUUCGAGCCUGACACCGAAGAAGAACAAACUUCGUGGCAGAAAGAGCUUGCAUGUCGGAGCCGCCCGUGGCCUGCUGGGUAAAAGGCCUAUUGAGUUGGAUCUAGACGAUGAAGCAGAUUCUGACAACACGCCGAAACGCUUGCGCGGUCGCGAGAAUAGCAGUCCAGUGAAGAAAUUCAGACUUCCAGCUCAUUCCUCCAACACCGACACCCUUGGACGUGGGUUCCAGUCUCCUUUGAAGUCUCUCGGUGGAGCUUCUCCUCUCAAACUCAGCUUGACACCAACACAAGCCUCGAAGGCCACCUCUGCUACUACGAGCCCUGCGAAGGAUAAUACAGAUACUUCAUCUAGUUUGGAAACAGCCGAAGUGCAAGAAGCCCCUGUUGAAGAUGCUGGCCCUGAGGUUGAACCCAUCCAGUUGCAAGAAUUCCUGAACAUGACCAACAUCCACUUUAUGGAACUCACAACCACGAAAAGACGGCAUACCACUGCCCCAGAUAGUGCUCGGAAACGAACGCUCCGACUCUCGAGUGAAGCUGGGGCUAGAAACCCUGCUAGUUUUGAAGAAUGCGUGGCUGCUGGCUUCUGCACCGUGCCUAUGCUUGAACUGUUUCAACAUUCUUGUAGAGAGUUGAAAUCGUAUAUAAAUGAAGGCAGACAGGUUAUUCGGUCAAUUGAGACCGAGACAUUUGCCGACAAUCCACCGUUAUUCCGUGAAUACAUGACAGCUCCACCAGACAUCCGCCUACUGAUGGACAAUCAAUUCCGUAAUGUGAAGACCCAUGCUCGCCUUCUCAGCAAGGCUACAUGGUAUGAGUGGCGCAUGAAGCUAUUGGAGGGUCUAAGAGACGGCCUCACUCGUCACGAACAGGAAAUGAAGGCAGAUGAUGAUCUUCUCGCUAAGCAUGAAGCCCUUCUGAACGGCACCGUACCAGCUCUCAUCGAAAAACACUCCUCUCUCGAGGCCGAGGCUACGACGCUGCAGCAAUUGGCAGAUGAGCUCGAGAACUGUGAUCAGGACGAACUACGCAGCGCACGUGAGAAGCUUGCGAGCGUCGAGGACGAGAUUGCGCAGAAGAAGAAGCUUCUGCAGGAAAUGCAAGCCGAACUCGAGGAUACGACCAAUACAGUCGAGACGGGUACCGAACUCAAAGCCGAGUACCUGGCUCAGAUCCAGGAAGCCGAACGAGUCAAGGCUGAAUGCCGCGGCUGGAGCGCCCAAGAGAUCAGCAAGUUGAAAGAGUCGGUCCGCAACAUUGAGCGUCAAACCGGCUGGACCAUCGUAUCGGCCACAGCAUCAGACAGUUCGACCCCGGCUGGACCGGCAGUGACCAUGAGUUAUCGCCACCAGCUUCAACUCACCUUCCACCCUGCAUCCUUCCUCAUCAAUAACAACGCAUCCACUUCCGAUGACAGGGCCAUAAACGCCCCUAUCACGCUCAAAUACGCCCCCACCCCGAACAACGACACCAAACCGACCACACCAACACCACACCUCUCCGCCAUCACCCUCCUCGUUCUCAGAUCCCUCCAAGCCCACUUGUCCACCAUCCCACAAUCCCGCACCGCCCCUAAACAUCUCCUCCGCUUCAUCUCCGAAGCAUGGGACCUCACUCUCAGCCUCGAAGAAGAAGCCCGCCUCCUCGAAUUCUGCGGCGUAACCAAGCUCAAACUCCUCGAGGGCGAAGCAGCCGGGACCACCAACCCUUCUCUUCGCGCGCGCUGCACCCUCCUCGGCCCAUCGACGCCUCCCGCCCCGGACGUGCAAACAACCAAACCGGCCCCGAACCGCCGCAUCGACGUCGACUUCGCCGUCCGGACCCGCAUCCUGCCAUCCCAGGACGGUGUGGGAAUCGGGCAGCUGGACAUCCAGACCGAUGUUCUAGCCAGCAAGGUGUACGGAUUCAGUCCUCAGGCAAAGAGCAUCUCGGAGACUGAGAUGCAAAGCAUCCUGAACAAGGGCCUGGGAUCCGCGAAUUCGUCCGAUGGGAAAGUGAAACUCGGCCGCGGAGUCUGGAGGAUGGCGGUGAGGAAACUUACCGGCACGGUGUUUUAAUUUUACACUACUCCUCUCAAGUGGAAAGGGCGAGUUGAUCGUUUGAUGUUGACCUAAACCAAACGGUCGUAUGGGAAGCGCGAAUGGUGGUACUUGAUUUAUCUACCUUCUGCGAAUAUUUUUAGUUCGAUGUUCAGAUUCCCCUUGUGUGUGCAUAAUUAUCGGGAGGCGCGUGGGAUUCGGGUUUCUCUGGUGUCUACCGCCAUGCAUAGGUGUUCGGUUGGGGUUAUGUAGUUUUCGG